AUGCACCCUGGCCAACGGUCUCGACCGAUCGGCUGGCACGCUUUGCCCGGCUCCUGGUUCUUCCUGGCUCCACUCUCGAACCAAACAGUCCCGGAACGGUUGGGCGCACGGUUGGAAGCCCACGAGCCCAGUCAUACCGUGUACCUGGUGCGACAGUACAGCAGUGCGACCUCGGUGAAUGGCAAUCAGCCCUGGAUGGGUACUCGACAUGUCCCUGUUGCAUGGAUCGUCGCACUCGACCAUAUUCCAGUAUCCAGUGACCUGCCUGGUGCCCUCCCUUUGGUAGAACGACGAGUCUGCGUCGGUAGGGCCGGAAGGACCCAACGCGUGGACGCCGUGGAACUUCUGGCACCCUCGGGGUCUUGUCGCUCUUCCGCCCUCCAAGCCUCUCUCGAGUCAAUUCCUCCUGGCAUCGGCAGUGUCCGGGAGAGCACUGGUCUUGUCUAG